AUGUGGACCAAUCUGUCCAACUGUUCGUCAAACUGCAGUUGGGAUGCUAACGCUAACUUUUAUAUUUCGACGCCCCCGGUCACCAUUUUCCCCAUCCCGGUCCUCAUUGGUGUUACAGUCACCUGUGUGCUCUUCUUCCUUACGGGAGUGGUGGGUAAUUUGACCACCAUCAUGGUGGUGUUGAAGUAUAAAGAGAUGCGCACCACGACCAACCUGUACUUGUCCAGCAUGGCGUUCUCGGACCUGCUGAUCUUCCUGUGCCUUCCGUUGGACCUGUACCGGAUGUGGCGCUACAGGCCAUGGAUGUUGGGGAAUGUCCUGUGCAAACUUUUCCAAUUCGUCAGCGAGUGCUGCACCUACUCCACCAUAUUGAAUAUGACGGCACUGAGUGCAGAGCGAUAUUUUGCCAUCUGCUUCCCACUCAGGGCCAAAGUGGCGGUGACCAAGCGUCGCGUUCGUGGACUCAUCCUCAGCCUCUGGACUGUGGCUUUGUGCAGCGCCGGACCCGUGUUUGUGCUGGUGGGCGUCGAGCACGAGAAUGGUACUGACUGGCGGGAGACAAGUGAAUGUAAGGCGACAGAGUACGGCGCACGUACAGGUCUGCUGAGCGCCAUGGUCUGGGUCUCCAGCGGGUUCUUCCUGCUGCCUGUCUUCUGCCUGACUGUGCUGUACGGACUGAUCGGCCGCAAACUCUGGAGGAGGAAGAGGAGGAGGAGGGACAGGAUGAAGAGCAGGGACAGCAGCAACAGGCAGACCAUCAAGAUGCUUGCCGUGAUGGUGUUUGCCUUUGUGCUCUGCUGGCUUCCAUUCCACGUGGGUCGUUACUUGUUCUCGGCGUCACCCGAGGCGUUUGCGUCCCCGUUGUGGUCUCUGGUCUCCCAGUACUGCAGCCUUGUCUCUUUUGUCCUCUUCUACCUCAGUGCUGCCAUUAACCCCAUCCUCUACAACGCCAUGUCUAAGAAGUACAGGGACGCCACGCUGCGUCUCUUCAGCCACAGCUCACCAAGCUUCACCGAAUCCAGCAUCAGCUGCUGA